GAUAAAUGCGCAGCCACCACACCACAGUGAGACGUGCCAGCUCUCUCGGGUACAACGUCACUCGGCCUCGGCCCAGUGCUGGUGUAGACCUUAGUGGGUGAGGAGCAGCAGGUCUGGCGCCACAGGUUGUGUUGCUCAGGAUGGAGAUAAAUCACAAAGACAUUACCUACGAGGAGCUUUCUUCCUCGUAUAAGGAGAGAACAAUCAUCGAUGUACGUAACCGUAACGAGAUCGAGGCGUGCGGCCAGAUUCCAGGUUCCCACUGCAUUCCAGUCACAGAGAUCAAGUUGGCAUGUGACCUAGACCCGGAGAGUUUCAAGGCGAGGUACGGUUUUGAGAAGCCAGCUUGCGAGGAUGACUUAGUGGUGUGCUGUAAGUCUGGCAUCCGCUCCAAGGCGGCCUGCGAUCUGCUGCAGUCCAAAGGCUACAAGAGACACAGAAUCUACCGCGGCUCCUUCAGCGAGUGGGAGGAGAAGGGCGGGGAAGUGCUGAAGCCUGGCCAGCCCUAUGAGUACAACUUCGAUGAUAGCAGCGACGAGGACUGUCCCUCAGGCCCUGCCACAGAAGAGCCUUCAAACCUCAUCUCUGACACGUCCCCACCCACGCACGAAGUUUCCCUGCAGGCUCGCAACAACUACAACAAGAGCCUUUGAUCCUUGCACGAGUGUAGAUGAUUAAUAGGCACAAGUGUGACUGGAAUGACGCUUUUGGCCUGAUGACUUCCUUGUUUGUCUCUUCUCGUCGAGUUUUUUCCAGGCUUAACUCACCUAAGUCAUAUUUUCCUUUAGGCAAGAUUGAUCAUCACUCAGUUUAAGUUAUAUGUCGUUAAAAUUUUUAUUUUGUUUAUAUAUUGUUGCCAAAGUAUAGUAGAUUAUGAUCGUUAUAAUGCACCUGAACAUUAUUCCACGUGUCCUGUUAGGCACUGCUAUGUUCUUGCCUUAUACCAAGUCCCAAGUAUUCGUCUACCAGUCCCUUUAAUUAGUUUGAAUCACAGAAACACACCGGUGUCCUUGGAGGCACGAGGCAGCUAACACAGCUACUGAAUACACGUUAUUUGUGCCGCCAUGAAGACCUGAGGCCCAUCUCUCCUGUCGGGGGAUAAGUCAUUGCCAGUGAACAGUGUGCGAGACCGAGUGACCAUGUAGGAAUAGAGUUGGUGUAUUUUUGUAUGAGGGUUUUAUCUAUAAGAAAGUCACAAGCAUCAUAUUCUAGAAUUACAGUUUCUGUUAGAAGUACGAGUAUGUUUUCAAUUGAAUGUUCCAUGAAUAUAUUUUCCAUAUAAUUCAU